CUCCAAAAGUAUUCCACCGUGGAGGGCGGGACACUGAGGGCAUCAUCAUCAUCACCAUCGAUGGCCCGUCCACAGGGUGAGUGAAACAGAGCAUCGACAUUAACAGUAGCAUUGAGCCGCACAGCUGAUCGGAGCACAGAUCCAGACAGAGUCGGGACAUGAUGUGAAGCAGACAGGCUGUGGCUGCACUGCAAUGGAGGAGCAGACGCUGUACCGGACUGGAUGACUGGAAACCAUUAGCCGCCUUGUGGGGAUCAACGCUGCCGCUGGCUGCAACAACGAAGGAGCUGACACAGUGGUUUAUACAGCAGAGCUGUGAGAGUGACUGACCCCUUAACACUUCUCCCCUAGGGUUUUACAGUAACAGCCAUGCCACCCCCUGCUGACAUCGUGAAGGUGGCUAUUGAAUGGCCGGGUGCUAAUGCUCAGCUCAUAGAGAUGGACCAGAAAAGACCUUUGUCCUCAAUAAUACGAGAAGUGUGUGAUGGCUGGUCUUUGUCAGGCGCAGAGCAGUUUGCCCUGCGUUAUGCUGACGGCCCUCAGCUUUAUAUCACUGAGCAGAGCCGUGGGGAAAUCAAAAACGGGACCAUCCUUCGAUUAGCCAUUUCUCCUGGGCGUGCUGCUCGUCAGCUCUUGGAGAGGAUCCAGUCCCACGGCAUCGACGCACGCCUCGAGGCCCUGAAAGAGCUCGCCAAGCUGUCUGCAGAUCCAACCUUUGCCGCAGAGUUCAUCAACAUGGAAGGCAUCGGGACUCUGGCACGUCUUGUCGAGAGUGGCACCCACUUCGGUGAAAUGCUGGCCUUCACUCUCACUGCCUUUCUGGAGCUAAUGGAUCAUGGCAUUGUGUCCUGGGACCUCAUCUCUCUGUCCUUCAUCAAACAGAUUGCGGGUUAUGUGAACCAGCCAAUGGUGGAUGUGUCCAUCCUUCAGCGUUCUCUGGCGAUCCUGGAGAGCAUGGUCCUCAACAGCCACAGCCUCUACCACCGAGUGGCCCAGGAGAUCACCGUGGGACAGCUCAUCGGGCACCUGCAAGUGUCUAACCAGGAGAUCCAGACGUACGCCAUCGCUCUCAUCAACGCUCUUUUCCUGAAGGCACCAGAGGACAGACGACAGGAGGAGUAUACUAACCCGCUGGAGCAGCACCUCACUGAAAUGGCGAGCACUUUGGCCCAGAAACACUUGCGAUCCAUCAUCCUCAACCAUGUUAUAAGAGGAAAUCGACCAAUUAAAGCUGAAAUGGCACACCAGCUGUAUGUGCUGCAGGUGUUGACCUUUAACCUCUUGGAAGAGAGAAUGAUGACCAAAAUGGAUCCUAAUGACCAGACCCAGAGAGAUAUCAUUUUUGAGCUGCGUAGGAUCGCCUUUGAUGGAGAAAAUGACCCCACGGGCACAGAGAAGAGAAAGGCCAUGUACACCAAGGACUACAAGAUGCUGGGUUUCACUAACCAUGUGAACCCAGCGAUGGAUUUCACCCAGACUCCUCCAGGGAUGCUGGCUCUGGACAACAUGCUGUACCUGGCCAAAGUUCACCAGGACACAUACAUCAGGAUUGUCCUGGAGAACAGUAGCCGAGAGGACAAGCACGAAUGUCCCUUUGGCCGGUGUGCCAUCGAACUCACUCGAAUGUUGUGCGAGAUCCUCCAGGUUGGAGAGUUACCUAACGAGGGCUGCAACGACUACCACCCCAUGUUCUUUACCCAUGACCGGGCGUGGGAGGAGUUCUUCUGUGUCUGCAUUCAGCUGCUUAAUAAAACCUGGAAGGAGAUGAGGGCCACAGCCGAGGACUUCAACAAGGUGAUGCAGGUGGUCCGUGAGCAGAUCACCAGAGCUCUGGCCAUGAAGCCGUCAUCUUUAGACCAGCUGAAGAAUAAACUGAGAGGCCUCAACUACUCAGAGAUCCUGCGUCUGCGGCAGUCGGAGAGAAUGAGCCAGGAUGACUUCCAGUCUCCACCUAUCAUCGAGCUGCGGGAGAGAAUUCAGCCCGAGAUCUUAGAGCUCAUCAAGCAACAGCGUUUCAACCGGCUGUGUGAGGGAAGCUGCUUCCGUAAGCUGGGGAACCGCCGAAGGCAAGAGAAGUUUUGGUUCUGCAGACUCUCUCUGAAUCACAAAGUGCUGCACUACGGGGACCUGGAUGAGUCGCCUCAGGGUGAAGUGCCUUUUGAACUCCUCAGUGACAAAAUCCCCGUAUCAGAUAUCAAGUCUGUGGUAACUGGGAAAGACUGCCCUCAUAUGAAAGAAAAAAGUGCUCUCAAACAAAACAAGGAGGUGCUGGAGUUGGCCUUCUCCGUCCUCUACGAUCCCGAUGAGACGCUCAAUUUUGUUGCACCAAACAAGUAUGAGUACUGCAUCUGGACCGACGGCCUGUGUGCGCUGCUGGGCAGAGAGAUGGGCAGCGACCUCACUCGCAGUGACCUGGAUACUCUCAUCAGCAUGGAGAUGAAGCUCCGCCUCCUUGACCUUGAGAACAUCACAAUCCCGGAAGCCCCUCCCCCUGUCCCGAAGGAGCCUAGCUCGUACAACUUCACCUACAACUACAGCUGAGAUGUGUGUGUGCGUGCGUGGGAGUGUGGGCGCGAGUGUGCAUUUGCGCUGCAUGUGUUUGUUCAGGAUGAGAAUACUUGCUCUGUUGACGAGUUUACCUGCAAGUAUUUCCCCCAGAAAAGGCUACUUUUGAAUUUUACUUUUCACAACAUUGGAGCCUUCUCUUCGUCUCUGUGUUCUUGAUGCCAUAUGGUUCAUCAUGUAGAAGAAAUGUGUUUAUAGCUUCAGAGGGAGGUCAGAGGUCAGGGUUCCUUUACAGAGAAGUUCUCCUGGAGCUGGUAGGGAUUUAGUGAUUGGAUCUUAUUUAUCAGUUUAACACUCUGUUCCUCAUUGUGCUGCUUUCUGAUGGUUGAACAAGAAAAAUCAAAGACAAAAAAUGUAUCAGAGAAGAAGUGAAAGAAGCAGUGAAGGUGAAAGGAUAAUGUGUUCUCCACAUUUUGUUACUAUUAUAAUCUAAAUAAUUCUGUGACAGAACCGUGUUGGACUACUUAUGAUUAUUUGAAUGAUUCACUGAUAUACAGAUUAAUGUAUCUUAUACAGAUUGAUGUAUCGUUUUCUCUAUUAAAUUUAGAAACCUUUAAUCAAACAGAAAAAAUGUAUUAAUAAUCUAAAAAAUCGUGGGAAAAUUUGAAUCACUUUCCCCACAGCUCAAUUUGAUAUAAAGAGAGUACUUGUUUCGUUUCAAAGCCCAAAGAUCUUCAGCGCGCUGUAAUGAAAUCUAAAGCAAACCAGCAGAGUCAUAUUUAAGAAGCUGAAAAACUAUAAACUAACUAUAUUUCCAACAGUUUAAAUGUACCAUUAAAAAUAAUCAUUAUAAAUGAUGCUGAUGCUUGCUCUCGUCGUUAUAGUUUGACUGUAAACUACAUUUUAGGCUCUAGACCAGAUUUGACUCUCACUGCACUAAUACGAUGUGUGGAGAGGUCCAGCAACAUGUGACUGUAGUUUUUAAUGAUAAGUGCUGUAGGGGAAAAGAACCGGAGACACUCAGGAGAGGGCAAGUUAGGCUCUUUGGGUUUUCACAGAAAACUUGUCUAUAGGCUUUUAAUGGAUCAUUGAGAAAGUUGGGAAGGUUCAUUUUGUUUAGUAACUUUACAGUUUUUUGUCACACAUUGGCAAUAAAAAACAACUAAUACAUGUAAACUGCUUCACAUUCUUAUCGACAUCUUAUCUUUUAAUUGUCUCCUGAUCAACUGAUCAGUUAACUGACUAAUACAUAUUCACUUUAAACUUAAUACAGUAACUGUUCUAGCGUCUGUUUACUCAUUCAUGCUGCCUCACUUUGUUUUACUCACUUUUCUGCUCAGAGUAUUAAAACUUUUCGGAGCCAUUUUCAAUAAUAUGUCAAUAUAUCCCACUGAAAUGAAACUAUCCAAGUAGGUGAAGACUUAUGAAUAUGCUCCUGCUUACCACACGUGUGUAUGUUUUGUGUGUGUAUGUGUGUGGAUUUUGAGAGUUUGUGUCUUUUGUGUUAAGAGAUGUAACAAAACUUUCAUGAUAAAAGUCCGGAUCAAAGCUCUGACAUCCAACACAUAAAAACAUGACACAUAAGAACCUUUCUUGUCCAAUCAUAGUCACUGCAUUGCCUUAUCAAACACUCACUAAAUAUUUUGCGUAUUAUUAGCAUUAAUAAGCAGUAUAUGAAUGGUUUACUGUAAAACACAAAGUGACACAAUAUAAUGCAGUUGUAGCCAAUAGCAGGAGGAUUUUAAGCAUUUAUAAAUGUUUUUAUUAACAACUUUAACUUUUCUUUUGAAACAUUUAUUGAUAUACCUAUAUUAACACUGGUGUAUUAACAACUAAUGAACAUUUGAUAACACAGUAUAUAUCAGUUUUCAACAUUUGUUAUUUAUUGGUAUAUAUAUAUAUAUAUAGUUUUAAGCAUUUAUUAGCUGUUUCGCAUAUAAACAGCAGGAAUAAAACUAAAGAAAAGAUGUAGUUACAUAAAGAUGAGAUGUCAAACAUUGUUGUACGGUUUGAUUUAUAUGUGCUACAACUACAUGAUAGUGUGCUGUAAACCAUUUAUUCAUUGUUUAUACGCUGGCUAAAGUGUUAUAUUGGGAAAGAUGAUACAGAGAGUUACGUGGUAUUGUUCAGCUGUACAGUGGUUUUGUUUAAAGCAAACUUACUUUUACAUUCCAAGAGUGUUUGACGCCUCUGGUGUUUGAAUUAAUCAGCAUUCUCUAAGCUCGAAUUCAGACUUUUUAUCGCACUGUGCGCAGGCAGAGCGGAAUUCAAAGGGACUAAGCAGCAGCUCUGUUGGCCUCUUUUAGUCGAUGUGCCAGAUUUACUGCCCUCAAAUGAAUGGAAGCUGGUCAAAAGCAGCAGAGGGACGAGGCCGUGGGCAUCAGGAACACUUAGUACGGCUCAUAUGAGCAGUCAGAGUUGUGUACUUUGUAUUCAGUGGUCUCGAUUAGAGUUUUAAAGCUUGAUGUCAUUUUUUUGAUUCCCAGUUUUAUUGGUUCUAAACUCUCUGCGUAUUUCAUUCAUGUCACUCAAUGUCCUGUCGACUUACUGUGGUACUAAACACUGCUGUCAUUUGUUAAUGCAGAAUAGAUGUAUAUUUUUGUAAGUGAUUGUACAAUCUAAUCAGCUGUGAAGAGGAUGGGUAUUGAGCUAACAUGACACUUUGCAUCAGCAUGUACGAACCAUCCAGCACGCACGUCACUGUGGAAGCACAUUUCACACUGGAAUUUAAUUUUUGUGUAAAAUUGUUUUCGUAUCAAUCCCAUUUAAACCACAAUCACCUCAUAUCAUUUAGGGACGACGCCCACUCCAGCACCUAAUGAUGAUGUCAGUGUUAAUGUACAGAUAAAAAAAUGGAAGUUACUGUUUGUGAAAAGGAAUAUGUUCGAUUUGUUUAUUUCAAAUUGUUUUCUUUUCGAUUUUUCGACUGCUUAAAAAGUUUGCUUUAUAUUCCAGCAGGUCAGUCAACCUUUUAUCUGCUCUCUGAAAAUAAAAAAAAAACGCAGCUAAAAUAUAUCAAGAAAACUCAGCAAAGUUUCCAGUGUGGAAAGAGUUGUUGCAUCGGACGUGACAGUAUAACUUGAAGUUUUCGCAUCUUGUACUCUUUUACAUGACUCGCUAAAGUAUUUAUUUACACUUGCUAGUGACAGUUCAGAAUGACAUGUUGUUAGUUGGGAAAUAACAACAUCAAAUAUGGUAUACAUAUGGAUAAUUGUAUGUAUAUACAGUAUUGUGUUGCCUUAUUGAAAGAGAUGUAUUAUGUUUUGUGUGAAUAAAUACAAAGUCUAACUA